CCUCUUCUACCUUAUAUUUGUAAGCAAGGUCUAAGAAACAAACUGAUGAUAGAAUCUCCAAAAUGAUCGAAAGAUAUAAAUCGUUGAUAGAUCUCAUAAGAUCAUCUUCUCAACCUGCCCAAUUGCUUCAAAUUCACGCCCAUCUUUACCGCGCAUCAUUUAUACACGAUCCAUAUGCAUCUCUCUGUCUUUUAACCUCCGUCGCCCGCUUAUUCCAUCACAACUUAACUUAUCUCCGACGGAUUUUCAAUCUCACGCGAAACCCAAAAUUGAAUCAUUACACCGCCAUAAUCAGAGCUUACUCAAACAGCAAAUUUCCUCAUGAAGGAUUCAAAUUAUACAGAGAGAUGCGACAGAGAGGUAUUUCCCCUGACGCCUUAUCGUCUUCUUUAUCCACUAAGUCAUGUACUAAAAUGUCUUGGUUAUUCGGUGGUUUACAGCUUCAUGCUAAGAUUCUAAUAGAUGGGUAUCAAUCCGAUAGUUUAUUACUAACUACAUUGAUGGAUUUUUACUCAAUUUGUCACAAGAGUGAUGAUGCAUGUAAGGUGUUCGAUGAAAUGCCAAUUAGAGAUACUAUCUCAUGGAAUGUAUUGAUUUCUUGUUACACCCGUAAUAAACGAACUCUAGACGCAUUAUCUGCGUUCGAUACAAUGCAAUCGCUAGAAUUCGACUGUAAACCGGAUCAAGUAACUUGCUUGUUAGCACUUCAGGCUUGCACCACGCAUUCGGGAAAACUUGAAUUCGGAGAGAGAAUUCACGAUUACAUUGAAAGAAACGGGUACAGUUCCAUUCCUAAUAUAUGUCACGCCCUCGUAUCGAUGUAUUCGCGAUUCAAUCGUAUCGAAAAGGCUUACAAAGUAUUCACCACAUCUGCUAAUAAAGACUUGGUCUCUUGGACAUCGAUCAUCUCGGGUUUUGCGACGAAUGGACAUGGAAAAGUAGCGAUUGAUGCUUUUAUUGAGAUGGAGGAAUCGGGUAUUUCUCCUGAUGAACAUGCCUACACUGCAGUUCUCUCCGCCUGCAGUCGCUCGGGACUUAUCGAUGAAGGUUUGAUGAUUUUCGACCGGUUGUUAAAAGAAACCAUAAUAAAGCCAACCAUACAUCAUUACGGAUGUAUGGUCGAUCUUCUAGCUCGUGAAGGCUAUCUCAAGAAAGCAUACGAUCUUAUUCUUUCGAUGCAGGUUAAGCCAGAUGCUAAGAUAUGGAGAACACUAUUGUCAGCUUGUAGAACUCAAAACCAAAAUCAUUCUGUCAUAGCUGGGAAUGUGGUUGAGCAUUUGGUCGAACUUAGAGCUCGAGAACUCGGGGACUACGUAUUAUUACUGAAUAUAUAUUCUUCGUUGGGAAACCACGAUAAGGUUGAGGAAACGAAGGCCAUGAUGGGUGAGAAAGGAAUCGGGCUAUCAUCUGAUUGCAGCACGAUCGAAGUGAAUCGGAAGUUGUAUGAGUUUUUUGCAGACGAUAUCUCGCAUUAUCGAAAGACAGAAGUUUACAGAAUGGUGGAAGAGGUUGGACAGCAACUGAGGAUUGCGGGUUAUGAUGGAGAUGGAUUUGAUUUGCAUAGUGAAAAGUUGGCGAUUGCUUUUGGACUUUUGUCGACUAAUCCUGGAUCGACAAUAAGAGUUGCGAAGAAUCUGGAUGUUUGUUCUGAUUGUCAUAGUUAUGUUAAGUUGCUUUCUAGUGUUUAUAAUCGAGAAAUUAUUAUUAGGGAUAGAACCAAAUCGCAUAGUUUCUGGCUUGGGCGGUGCUCGUGUAAUGCCUAGUUUUGAAUUCAAAACACUUUCUCGAUCUGAAUCUGAAUAUUUGUUUG